CCAAAUUUUAUCCUCUGCUUUUGUAAAUGGUCUUAAGGACCCAGUGAAAAAAGGCCUUGUCCUCUCACGCCCAGAGUAUAGAGUACUGCCACUUGACACCCUGCUACUUGUAGCAAAAGGCCUAGAAUCCAGUCAAGCCAUGACCAGAAAACCUGCCCCUCUCAUGGUUACUAGGGACCAGCCCACCGACCAUUCCCCACCUGAACGCAGGCAACUCCUUUGCUUUAACUGUAAAAAGCCUGGUCAUUUUAAACGUGACUGCAGAUCACAAAAAAGAUCUGCAUCCCCACAAGACCCACACAGAAAAUCCGAUGGCCCAUCUGACAAUCAGGGGCAAAGAUCCAAUCAGGAUCAUGUUGAUCGGCUACCAUAGGUCCUGGGCAAGCCUGUGUCUCACUCCCCUUCUAUGGCAGUUACCUCAAUUAAUAAUGAUGGCCCUCUGGCUAAAGUGACACUACCCAUUGAAGGGCACCCUACAACCUUUUUAAUAGACACAUGUGCAGCCAGAAGUGUAAUAAGGGCCCAGGAUCUGCCAACUAAAACCUUUCUAUCUAAAAUAGAUGUAUCAUGUGUGGGAGUUGAUGGAGUUCCCCGUACUAGCCCCCUCACCAAGCCCCUCCGUGUAGUCAACAUACCCCACUUGUUUGCAAGAUUUGUGGUCUCAGACACCUGUCCUCUUAAUCUACUAGGUGCAGAUGUCCUUUCUAGACUCCAGGCCUCAAUCAAAUUCAGUAAGGAUGGUCCCCUCUGGAGGCUGAUGAUGUAUCUGCUCUGUGUUCUCUUCCAAUUAUGUUGACUCUUCAACAAACUCCCACCCACACCAUCCCACCAGAGGUGCUUGCCCAUAUCCCAGAAAGUCUUUGGUCCACUGGUCCAGAAGACAUUGGUAAACUUAGAAUUCCUCCUGUUAUGGUUACUCUUAAGCCAGGAGCUCCACUGCCUAGGAAACCCCAGUAUCCACUCAAGAUUGCCCAAUCAGAAGCCAUCUCAAAACAAGUUCAGACACUUGUUAAUAAAGGGGCUCUUAUCCCAUGCACCUCCCCCUGUAACACGCCCCUAUUCCCAAUUAAAAAGAAGACUGCAAAGGGGGAACCUGAAAAGUACCGGAUGGUCCAGGAUCUCAGAGCUGUGAAUGAAGCCACAGUGCUGGAAACUCCUAUUGUUCACUGUUGUUGAUUUAAGCAAUGCAUUCUUCAGUAUUCCUCUAGAUCCCAGCUGCUGGUACCUGUUUGCCUUCACCCAAGAAGGACAGCAAUACACUUGGACUGUCAUGCCCCAAGGGGCUCAGAACUCACCUAGCCAAUUUGCUAAAGCAAUGACUCUAAUCCUAUCCACCUGGCAAGAACAGAACCCAUCCGUAGUGCUUAUCAGCUAUGUGGAUGAUCUUCUGUUAUGUGCUGAUGACCUCACAUCUGCAGAAAAGCACUCUGAGAGUCUCCUCUGCUAUCUAGCAGAUCAAGGCUGCAAGGCCUCAAAGCAAAAGCUACAGUGGUGUGCCACUUCAGUUGUCUUUCUUGGUCACUGUAUUUCACAAGGCACAAGACACCUUACGCAGGACAGGAUCAAAGCCAUACAGGCUAUACCUGUGUCAACAAAGCCUAAGGAUUUACAUGCUUUUCUUGGACUAAUUUCUUAUUGCAGGUCCUGAAUCCCAGAAGCCUCUCUAUUGAUGCAACCUCUCUACGAUGCUUUGAAGACGGAUCCCUUUGACCUCUCACAGGAGGCUAUCUCAAGCUUCCAGAAUCUCAAGGCGGCCAUCUCUACAGCACCUGCACUUGGCCUGCCAGACUACGACAAACCUUUCAAACUCUUUGUCUCUGAGAGACAAGAGCAUGCCACUGGUGUCCUGGCCCAGUCUCAGGGCAACAAGACACGACCUAUCGGAUACUACUCUUGCAGACUUGAUGCAGUAGCCAGAGGAGGUCCCUCAUGCCUCAGAGCUGUCUUUGCUGCACAAGCAUUGCUGGACAAAACAUCUGACCUAGUUCUUGGUCAUGAUCUCAUCCUUCUGGCUCCUCAUGACAUCUCUGCAAUCCUUAAUCAGACUCAACCAAAGCACCUCUCUACAGCAAGACACCUCAGACUGCAGUGCUCACUCUUGAUCCCUGAUAAUGUCACCCUACUGAGAUGUAAUGUUCUCAAUCCUUCCACCCUGCUUCCACUUCCUGAGGGGGGAGAUGAGGAGGGUGAUGGGGAGAAUCAAGGUGAAGAGGUUAUGGGUGAUCACCCCCAUGACUGCUUUGAGCUGAUGAAAAUGGAAACAACUCACUUACCAUCUGUAAGUGAAAACCCACUGCCAAAUCCAGAUCUUAUCCUCUUUGUGGAUGGCUCAAGGUUUGCAGAUGAACAUGGAAAGUACCACACAGGAUAUGCUGUCACUACAGAGGACAUAGUUCUAAAAGCGGAGGCUCUCCCUCCAACAGUGUCAGCACAGGAAGCUGAACUACAAGCCCUUAUCUUGGCAUGCAAAUUGGCCGAAGGCCAGACAGCGAACGUAUACACGGACUCCUCCUAUUCUUUUGGAGCCGCCCACAAUUUUGGCCUCCUGUGGAAAAAUAGGGGCUUCCUGACAGCAGCAGGGACCCCAGUAAAACAUGGCAAGGCCCUUAAAGACCUAAUGGAUGCCUUUCUCCUCCCAACUUAA